AGACGAGCCGAGGAGUCUGAAACCGCAAGGAAUCUCCAUCGCAACUGGAUUUCAACUCGUUCCCACCGGCACAGAGGUGAGGACGAAGACAUACUGCGGUAAUCAGACAAAUUGGGAGAGAAUCAGGACAAGUUAGGUGUCCCAAUCGUAUGUGCAGAAAAUUUGAAAAAAAAAACUAGGAUUUCCGUUUCCGCACCGGGUGAUUGAUUGGAAUCGUGAUGAUGAUGGCGGACAGUAAUCCAGAAUUGCGGUGUCCGGAGGAGUUGCCCGCAGCCGGCGGCGGCGGCGGCGGCGGCGGAGAAGUUUGGGAAAUCUCCGAUGAUCUGUCUAUUGAUCUAGAUACGCUUAUGAACAUGCUGGGGCCGGACGAAUCCGAAAAUUGUCUGAGCAGGUCUAAGGAUUCAUCUUCGACUUCCACAGCACAUGCAUCUUCAAAUGAGCCUGUAGCUUCAUGUUAUAUGGUUGGAGCAUCUGGUGGUUCAGCUACUGGUUCAUAUCAAUUUGGCUCCACAGUACAUAGUUUAGAUGAAAGUCCUGACUGGAUGGUUCAGGGAAAUGAAUUUGAUAUGCCUUCACGGGCUGCACGUCUAUCUGCCUCCAGUCAAGCUCAGAUUUUAGGUGGCUUGGGUGAAAGAUUCACUCGGGUGCAUCACACACACACGUUGUCUGAAGACAUCCCAUCAUUUCCGUAUCUUUCUGGGCAAGAUUUUCCUAGGAACUUCGAUUUUAAUUUUUUGCCAUGCAAUGGUGAGAAGAUGCUCAAUCUAAAGGAUGAAAUGCAGGAGCCAUUGACUCAGUAUACCAGCACAGACAUCACAAGUGGCUAUGGUGGUCUGACGGUUGGUGCCGAUGGAGGUUGGUAUCCUCCUAUAGCUGCUAAUGCCGACAUGAAGGAUAUGAAUGUUAACUCUCUUUAUGCUGGGAUGAAGACACCCACUCAGCAGCAAUCAAGUAGGUUCUGUAAAAAACUAGAAUUUACAACUGAUAGAAAAGGUGAACUGAUCAAUAGGAACCCAUGUGUUGCUGCUGCUGAAACAGUUGUUUCCGAGGAUCUUUUAGAUUCACACUCCCACCAUUGUCCGCCUUUCCAUUCAAGCAAGAUGUAUGGGCAUAAUCGGAAGGACCAAAAGAAAGACAUAUUCCGCGAGUUUGUAAAGCCUGACCAUCAUUCUAACAGGCUCAUUGAUGGUACAUCAGCAAAUCCCAUUCUUCUUAAUCAUGAAUAUGGUCCAGAUGUGCAGGUUGUAGAGAAUAAACAUAUACAAGCGAUAGAUUUCGACUCCCAUAUGACAACAUUUUUUCCCCAAGUUAUUGGAAGUUGUUCAUUUUCUAAAACUUCUUACUAUGCUAUUGAUGAUGGCGAUGAUGAUGAUGGUGAUGAUGAUGUGUGCGUUCUCGAGGAUUUGAGUGCACCUCCUCGGUCAAAUCCAUGUGUGCCUAAAGGAAAUUUCUUUGUAACUUCCCAGCUUGCAUUUAAUGAAAGUUUUGCUCAUGUUGGAGUGGGAGUGGGACACUCAAGGUUCAAGUUAAAUAAUGAGCAAUCUGUUUUCCAAGCUGCCUUGCAGGACCUAUCUCAACCAAGAGCAGAAGAUACUCCUCCUAAUGAUGUGCUGUCUGUUCCGCUUUUGAGACAUCAGCGGAUUGCUUUAGCAUGGAUGGUUAAGAAGGAGACAACAAAUCCACACUGUUCUGGUGGGAUUCUUGCAGAUGAUCAGGGACUUGGAAAGACAGUAUCAAGUAUUUCACUUAUACUCAAAGAAAGGCCUUCAUCUCUUGGAGUCCCCACAGUCAUCUCAAGACCAACCGAGACAUUGAAUUUGGAUGAAGAUACUGAUGCUGAUUAUGCUUCCUGUACACCAGGAUUGAGUAAAGGGGAUGAAUUUUUUCAAGGUAAUGGACGUCCCAGUAAUAAAUCCUUGCUUGUGAAAGGUAGGACAGCUGCUGGAACUCUUGUUGUAUGUCCUACCAGCGUCAUUCGUCAGUGGUCUGAGGAAUUACACAAUAAGGUAGCAAGCAAAGCCAAUCUUUCUGUUCUGGUGUACCACGGAAGCAACAGAACCAAGGAUGCAUCAGAGCUGGCCAAGUAUGAUGUUGUUGUUACAACAUAUGCAAUAGUAAGCAUGGAAGUUCCAAAGCAGCGUCUUGUCGAAGAAGAAGAUGAUGAGACAGGAAAGAAAACCGAGGGCUCUCCUAUGAAACAUCCAUAUGGUAAAAAGAGGAAAACUUUUCCAAGCUCAGGAAAGAACUCUGCUAAGGCUAGAAGGGGAAUGGACAAUGAAUUGCUUGAUACUAUCACUCGCCCUCUUGGUCGAGUUGUAUGGUUUAGGGUUAUAUUGGAUGAGGCUCAAUACAUCAAGAAUCACAAAACUCAAGUAGCUAGGGCUUGUUGGGGUCUACGUGCUAAACGUCGUUGGUGCUUGUCGGGUACACCUAUCCAGAAUUCAAUUGAUGAUCUGUAUAGCUACUUCAGGUUUCUCAGAUUUGAUCCAUAUUCUUCAUAUAAAAUAUUUUGCUCGUCACUUAAAGCCCCAAUCCAAAAACAUCCACCGAGCGGGUACAAAAAGCUGCAAGCUGUGCUCAAGACUAUAAUGCUUCGUCGCACUAAGGGUACACAAAUAGAUGGAGAACCAAUCAUCACUCUUCCACCUAAAAGAAUUGAACUAAAAAGAGUGGAAUUUACUGAAGAGGAAAGAGAUUUCUACUGCAAGCUUGAGGCUGAUUCGCGUGCACAAUUCGCUAAAUAUGCAGCAGCUGGAACUGUCAAACAAAAUUAUGUUAACAUAUUACUGAUGCUUUUGAGACUUCGCCAAGCUUGUGACCAUCCCCUUCUUGUUGGGGGAUCCAAUUCAAGUUUGGUCUGGAGUUCCUCUGCCGAAGUGGCUAAGAAACUUCCCCAGGAGAAACAAAUUUCACUUCUGAAUUGUUUGGAGGUUUCUUUAGCGAUCUGUGGCAUAUGCAGUGAUCCUCCAGAAGAUGCUGUGGUAUCCAUCUGCGGACAUGUUUUUUGCAAUCAAUGCAUUUGUGAACACCUAACCGGAGAUGCCACCCACUGUCCUUCACCAAACUGCAAAGCACAUCUGAAUGUUUCUUCAAUAUUCUCCAAAUCAAUAUUAAUUCGCUCUUUAUCGAACCAGCCCCAUGUAGUCACUAAUAACUCCAAUGGUCCCAAACCAUGUGAAACAUCUGAUAUUUCUUCUGUGGGGCGCUCAUAUGAUUCAUCUAAAAUCAAGGCUGCGCUUGGGGUGCUUCAAUCUCUGCCUAAACUUAGAAUCGGAGAAGUAGGUGGAGAGAAAGCACUUGUGUUUUCACAAUGGACAGGGAUGCUGGAUUUGCUUGAAGCUUGUCUUAAAAAAUCCUCUAUUCAGUACAGGAGACUAGACGGAACAAUGUCCAUCGUUGCCAGAGACAAAGCUGUGAAAGACUUCAAUACAAUUCCAGAGGUGUCUGUUUUGAUAAUGUCUUUAAAAGCUGCUAGUUUGGGACUGAACUUGGUUUCAGCCUGUCAUGUCUUGCUACUGGACCUAUGGUGGAACCCGACUACAGAGGAUCAAGCAAUUGACCGAGCACAUCGCAUUGGGCAGACUCAACCAGUCACCGUGUUGCGUUUGACCGUAAAAGAUACAGUUGAAGAUCGUAUUUUGGCUCUUCAGGAAAAGAAGAGAGAAAUGGUUGCAUCAGCAUUCGGAGAGGAUGACAAUGGUGGGCGACAGACGCGUCUAACAACAGAGGACUUGGAAUACCUCUUCAGGAUUUAACUCUGAGGGGGAUCUUUGCUUGGCGCUCUUUCGGUGCAGUAUGGAUUUUCUCUAUUCACAUUCUUUCGUGACUGACUAACCAGUUCUAGAAGAUAUACCCUUUUUUUCAUUUCUUUUUUCAAGGACGGGGGUGGUUAGUCUAACAGUUCAUCGACUUGUAUAUGAUGAAUUUGUUUUAGGCAUCACUAAUCAAAGCCAGACCGUAUACGGAACACCAACUGUUGGGUUGGGGGUACAUAGAGGUGGUUUUAGAUGAUAGCAAUGGUUCUCCAUUUUUUUUCCCGUAUAGCGCAGUGUAACUACUUAUAUCCAUU